GGCUGCUCCGUCACAGAAUCAAACGGCGCAGAGAUGAGAGGAGAACAUCGGAAAAAGGCAAAAUGGAACACGGCAUGAAGUAUCCCAAAAACUGCAAGAAAUUUGGAGGUGUUGAGGAGAACCGAGACGGAGAGAAGAUGCUGCCCAAACUGAAGAACCCUGCAAAGAUCUGGAAGAACCGCAAACAGCAGAACCACAAUGACACUGCAGAGAAUGAGCUGGACUGUGAGGAGGCCCUGCAGCAGGAGCAGCAGGAGGAGGAGCAGCUGGAGGAGGUGAGCAGGAGGCUGAUCCUCAGAGAGGAGCAGCUAUUCAGUCAGGACUCCCCCUGUGUGGAGGAGGAGGAGGACCGGCUGCAGAGAGACUUCGAGGCUCUCAGACUGCAGAUAUGGAUGGCAAUCCACAACACCUUCACAUCCUCCUCCUCCUCCUCCUCCUCCUCCUCCUCCUCCUCCUCAGGGCAACUGAAGGUCCUGAGGAGCGCUGUGGCCUCCAUCCAGCAGCAGGAGGUGCAGGACCGGCGUUGGACGGACUGUGCAGAUGACAGAGUCCCGGUGUGGCGUCCUCAGAAGUGUCUCAGCACUCACAACACUCUGCUGCAGAACAUGGUGGAGUCCAGACUGACGAAGGCCGCCGAGGACGAGUGCAUCGGGACGGAUGGACUGUCCACUGCUCUGAAGAGACAGGUGUGCA